CUUUCUUUAUGAAUAUGAGUGAACAAGAAACCUCUUCCUCUACUUUACUCUCCUCUAAACUCAAGGCUUAUGACGAAGAAAACGAUAAGCUGUUGAGUGAAAUCAGAGACAACGAACAAAAGUUUACAAACUCUCUUCGUGAACAACUUGAAAAGGUUCGCAAAGACAAAGCUGUAUUGGAAGCUGACCUCAAGUCACGUACAAGAAUAUAUGAAUCCAACCUGAAUCAAUUAAAGACAGUCAAUGCUAAAGAGAAUACAGAUUAUCUACAAGAAUUGAUGGCUAUUAGUGACUUGAAUGAACUCAGAGAUCAAGUCAAGAAAUUGCAUGAAAAAUGUGUUGAACAAGAAGCGCAUAUCAAAAGACUAGAAUUUGAAUUGGAAAUGGAACAAGGACAUGUCAAGAUACUCAAGCAUGAUAAUAAAAUGUUGAGACAAAUGGCAGUUGAUAUGAAUUCAAUGGCAGAACAAGAAGAAGAGUUUAUUUCUAAUCGUCUACUCAAAAAGAUCACUGGUCUCAAGAAAGAAAAGGGAGAAUUACUUUUACAAGUUGAACAAGAAGAAGAAUACAUGACAAACAUGCUUCAAAAGAAACUAAAUCAACUUCAACGUGAAAAGAUUGAUAUGGAAAACUCAUUGGAGCAAGAACAAGAGUAUAUUGUCAAUAAACUUCAAAAGCAACUUGAAUCCAUGAAAUUGCAACAACAACAGCAACAACAACAAAAGUCUCAGUCUAGUUCUCCUUUACUAUCUGUACACCAUGAUGCUACUGCUGGCCCUGUAUCUCCUGUCAUUCCCAAGAAAUGGAGUUCUUCUUCUACUACAAGCUCAGUCAAUGAAAUUCAAACUGGCACUGCUGAAAUGUUACUCUCCGAAAUUGCAGUGCUCAAGAGCAAGACGACUGAAAUGGAGAAAGAAUUCCUUUUGAAGAUGCAACAAUGUAACAAAUACAAAAGUGAAUUGAUCCAAUUCCGUAAACAAUCUGGUUUACCUACAGACGAUAUUCCUUUGGAUGAAGGUAUUCCUGCUGUCUUUAGAACAGUGCCUCCUUCACCUGGAAGAGGUAGCCGAGUAAGUUUAGAGUGUGACCAUCAGCUGAUCCUGAUAACAUUUGAUAGGUUCGUCGUUCUACAUCCACUUCUUCUCAAAGAUCUUUGGCUUCAGAUAAGAACAUCAACAACAUUCCUCCACUUCAACUUGACGCAACUGAACCUAUGCCUCCUUUUAACAGAUCAAGAUCUAAUAGUUCAACAUCCAAUUCUGUACCACCCAAAUCAUCCAGAAGAGUUUCAGGCACUUUAUUAAGUUUAGCUUCUCAAAACAGUUUGCAAUAAAGAUGUUACACUUGCGGAAUUUCA